AUGGACUUGACGCCGUCGCUGAGCAGCAUCCACGAGGACGACAUCCACUUCAGCGAGUGGGUCCAGCACCAUGGAUUCCAGGAAUUUAUCACCUACGCCUGCCGCGAACACCAAAUCGCCUGCAAUAAAUGGCAACCGACGACCAAUAGGACGACCGGCGGAAAAAUGGAACAGAGGCCACUGGGUUGCUACUCGGGGGCGAACCGCGUCCAUAACGCCGACACCGAUGGGAAUUACGGCUACAUACCACGGAAUUGUCCUUGUUACAUGAUUAACUACAACAUCUACAUACGCAUCCUCGAGACGACGAUUAUGGACAGGGCGGCCUGCCACAGCGACCUCAGCUACGACCGCAGUCCCGACAGAUUUGCACCCUACCCACCGUACUACCUGUGUUCCCCCUCGAAUCCUCCGUAUCUGCCACGCAGCCGAUGUACCAAUAUCGAGGAUCUCCACGAAAAUGGCAUCGAUAAACAGCGACUCGUCUACCGCGAGGCGUUGCAACUCGGUGCAAACCGCGUCUGCCCUGUCCUCGGUAUGAGCGACCUGUACGACGCGUACUCGGGGACGUGCACGGGCAUGGAGAACAAGACACCCGACCCCGCCCAGGUCGCCUUCACCGAGCUGUACCAACGCCCCGAUGAUGGCAAAUGGGAGCGUAUCAACUACGCCUGUCCCGACGGCGACGUCUUCUGCGCGUUCGACGACUUCUACGCGUGCUUCCGGGGCGUCCAACGAGCAUCCGAGACCGGAUGCGAAUGCAAGGGCACUUCUGCCGCCAAUCUAGCGGGAUACGCCGGCCCCUACAUCGUCGAGGCCCUCAAGUGGUACAGCAAGGAGCGCCUCGACCGCGGCGAGGAGACGGGAAUCUGUGGUGGCGAGACCGAGCGGUCGUUGUGGUAUCCGGAUCCGCCGCGUUUCGUCUACUGCUCGGCGUCGAGCUUCCUCUACGACGAGCAGUUCGGAUGCGGGGAGACAAUUUCGGAGCCGCUAACCGGACCCGGGCAGAGCCCUCGAGUCGCCGUGCGCGAGCAGAUAUACUGGAACGGAAGAAGGCAUGACGUCAUCUACGCUUGCGAGCCGAAUGAGUAUUACUGCGCCAACUGGGGCCACGGCCACAAGCGGCAGCCAGGCUGCUACACCGGCGUCAAGUACGAGGACGAGAAGCAAUGCACUUGUGUUCCAUCCGGUGGCUCGGACUCGGACGACGGCUACGUCCCGAACUAUGAGACCGGCAUGGAGAUCGACGCGCUGAUCGAGGAGAUCCCGUAUCGUGCCGGCAGUCUUCAGAUCCGCUACGGUUGCGGGAGCCCGGACCUGGUCUACUGCCAGACGCUGAGCGGCCCGUCCUCGACAUAUUACGACCCCGGCUGCUACGCGGAAUACCAAGAUUCCCGCGGCGCCAUCUGCAGCGCCCUCUACAAGCGCAAGGCGGGCGUCACCCCACCCGAGAGCACCGACGCCGCCAGGUCGAGCGGGACCGACGAGCGCAGACGGCUCGCCGCCGCUCGCAGGGCUGAGGUUGCUCAGCAGGCGAUUAACGAACGUCUCCACAUGGUCCUCUUCUUCCACGGCAUCCUGCUGCCCAUCUGCGUCGCCAUUACGGUCCUCGUCUACUGGCUGUACAGGCUGGAGUACAAGUUCUGCUCGCUGCAACAGAUGGAGCAAGAGAAGCUGGCCAACUGCCCACCCGUGCCCGAUGAACCCAACUACCUCCGCCGCGUCAUCUUCACCAAGCAAGCCUCGGCUGAUGGACCGGUAUUGGUUGGCUGCAACGCGACCCAGACGUUCUGCGCGGAGACCGAGCCGAACGGACUGCCCGGAUGCUACAACUCUACCGGCCUGGCCGUCACCGGCUCACCGCCCGUCUGCAAGAUGUCGAACGCAAGCCUGGGGCUCACGUUGGAAACCGCGGCCAGCCAGGAGAUGAUGCUGCUCUACAAGGAUCUCGGCCCAAGCGCGAAACUCGCCAUUCGACCCGACGACACCCUACAGUCCCAACGAACGCUGUACUGCUUGGCGACCGGCAAGGGAUUCGGGCCCGAGUGGCCACAUUGCCAGGUCGACUCGACACCGCAUCAACGCGCCGAGCGCACCUUGUACUACGAAUAUGUGAAGCACGACCUCGACAAGUACAAAGUGUUUUAUGUCUGCCCGCUCCACUCGGUGCCCUGCCAAAACGGCGACACGAUCGCCUGCUACCCGGGCCUGGAGCGCGACAUGACCAAGCCGUUCGAGCUGGUAUGCAAGCCCGACGCGACGAAGAAGUCCAAGCCGCAGAAAAUCACCGAGUACCACGUCGCCGACUACCUGGCCAUCAAGAAGCGCAAAACCCAAAAUGCGCAACGCCACCCCGAGCUACUAUUGGGUUUUUUGGGGGCUAGCCCUUCGCGUCGCCCAUCUCUGCCCUGC